UCAUUUGACGAAGUAAAAUAAUAAAAAUAAUUUUAACUUUAGUGAGAGAAAAAUAAAAGGUAGAGAGGGAGAGAGAGAGAGAAGGUUCUGGCUAUGGAGAAAAAGGAGUUUCCAGUGGAUACUUCGAUCAAUCACCAGCCGUUGAAUCUUCCGCAUCUCUGAUCUUAGCCGUUCAUCAGGUUGACUAUUCUAUCUUUCUUUUUUUUCUCUCUCUUCUCCGAGCAACACAACGGCCGUGAACUUUCCUCUGCGAUUCGUCAAUUUUUUUUGUUGUGUUUCUUCUGAAUCACGGGCCACUAUCAGAUAACUUUCCUGAUUUAGUAACCUCGCUACAUUCACCUAUGUGUGGAAAACAAGUUUUGUUGUUUGUAUCACACGAACUGAGACGAACAAUGCAUGUAAAAUAGGUGAUCAAUGAUUGUUUGGUGGAAACUUACUCACUCAUUCAAUUGGCGUUGGGAUUUGAACCUGCUUGAGAGAAAAGGUGAAGCUCUACUGCUGUCACCGCUGAUUCUGAAUAUGAUGACUGGUAAGUUGGACAGUCCUGUUCAGACCCAGAUGGCGGUAGCAGUUUUGAACAGCCCGUGCAACAGUGGUUGCCACAUCGACAAUGGACCGGAGAGAAAGCUUUCUGGGAGUAGGCGUCUUUUUGUUCAAACUGAAAGUGGUUGUGUUUUGGAUAUGGAAUCAGAUCGGAGAGACAAUGCCCAGACAGUGAAAAGGAGAUUGCAGCUUGUGCUCAAUGUCCCCACAGAUGAAACUUUGACAUUUGGGGAUGAGAUACUGAACAAUGAUCUUAGCGCUGUUCGAAAUGAUUCCCCUUUUCUUCUCACGAGGAACCUCAUGCACAGAAGCUCAUCAACUCCGUCUCCCUCACCUACUGGAAAAUCUCUCCAACAAAGAGAUUAUGGUGGUAUUAUCGAGAUUCUUGGUUGCUUGAAUCACUUUGCUAGAACAAAUGAACUGGUUAAAGAGAUCAUGAAGGCAAUUAAGAACGGUGUUGAUCCAAUCCCAAUAAGUAGUGGGCUUGGAGGUUCUUACUAUUUUACAAACAUCAAAGGUGAAAGUGUCGCGAUUGUGAAACCAACAGAUGAGGAGCCACUUGCACCAAACAACCCAAAAGGUUUUCUAGGAAAAGCUCUUGGGCAGCCUGGUCUGAAGCGUUCAGUUAGGGUUGGGGAAACAGGGUUCCGCGAAGUAGCGGCCUACCUUUUGGACUACGAUCACUUUGCCAAUGUGCCCCCUACUGCUCUUGUGAAGAUUACACACUCAAUCUUCAAUAUCAACGAUGGUGUGAAUGGCAAGAAGUCCCAGAAGAAGAAAAUGGUUAGUAAGAUUGCAUCUCUCCAACACUACAUACGCCAUGAUUUUGAUGCUGGUGACUAUGGAACCUCAAGCUUUCCAGUUGCUGCUGUACAUAGAAUAGGGAUAUUAGAUGUUAGGAUCUUUAACACUGACAGGCAUGCAGGAAAUAUUUUGGUGAGGAAGCUUGAUGGGAUUGGAAGGUUUGGACAGGUUGACCUCAUUCCGAUUGAUCAUGGCCUUUGCCUACCUGAGGCCCUGGAAGAUCCAUAUUUUGAGUGGAUCCAUUGGCCUCAGGCAUCAAUUCCUUUCUCAGAGGAUGAACUCGAGUAUAUAAGAAAUCUAGAUCCUGUUUCUGAUUCCGAGAUGCUUCGGACAGAGCUGCCUAUGAUCCGGGAGGCAUGCCUACGCGUUUUGACACUCAGUACAAUUUUCCUCAAGGAAGCAACUGAUUUUGGACUCUGCCUCGCUGAGAUUGGCGAGAUGAUGAGCAGGGAGUUUCGCGGCCACGUGGAGGAACCUAGUGAGCUCGAGAUCGUGUGCUUGGAGGCAAGGAGGGUCGUAGCAGAGAAGAAAAUGCUAUUUUUGGAGACCGAAUUAAUGGAUAGAGAGAUCCAGUUUGAUUUGGAUUUGGACGAUGCAGAGACGGGCUUGACCCCACAGAUGUCACGGGAGUCCUUGAACAAAGCUUCAUUUUCUUUCGAGCGCAUUGAAGAGGAAGAGAUUGAUGCCAAAGAAGUGUCAUCUCACAAUCAAUUUCAGACUGUUUCAGAGCUGUCCACGUCUCUUAAAAAUUUUGGGUUGGGUGAAAAGAGCAAGCGACAAGAACGCUCUCCUCUUGUGGGUACUUCAGACAGUAUCAGAAGAAGCGCAAAAGAGCUGUUACCUUCGUCAACCACCUUUGUGAAGUUGGCGGACAUGAGCAAGGAGGAAUGGUUUAUGUUCCUGGACAAGUUUCAGGAGCUUCUUUACCCUGCAUUUGCUAAUCGAAAAUCAUCAAGCAUUGGUCAGAGACAGAGGCUUAGGCUCGGGACCUCAUGCCAGUUUUGAGAUAGUUAACUAACUAUUCGCUGAUCAAACAGAGACUCUGAGAUUUGUUUUAGGUUUGCUGGUCGGAUUGUCUUCACUCGGGAUGUAUUUUAGUCAGUGACUGUAGCAAGAAGUGUAUAUAAAGUUCGUCAGCGAGGUAAAUGAAGUGAAAUGAUCGCUCCUCUAUUGUUUGUUUUUACUCUUUUUAAAAAAUGUUUGUAGAAAAGACAAAGAGAAAAUUACAUGCAUAUAUAUAGUUUCAGAUGCAUGAAGUAUGUAACCUAAUGCAAGGUUUGUAUUAAAAAAAAAUAAAAAAUUUGUCAGUUUUAUUAUGUGACUAAUCAAUUGUUAAUGCAUGGUGUUUUGAUUAGUUUUUCUUCAUUAUGUUCAAUUUUGUGUGCUGUGUACUACGGGGGUUGUAAUGUCAACCCUAGACAGUUAAGUUUCCUCCGAGUCCAAAAGGAAAAGUAGGCAGAGCUCGGUAUGACAUUUUCAUACAUGGAGAUGGAGAUGGAGAUGCUAUAGUAUAUUUCCGGGAAAUUUUCCCAGGCGUAUGCCAGGUAACUUUGGUGGUUGUUAGGAAAUUAGGUUGCUUCAUCGUUUAUAGUUCGUAUGAAAGGUCUACUUUGGUAGUUGUUAGGAAAUUAGGUUACUUCAUCGUUCAUAGUUCGUAUGAAAGGUUUGUAGAGAGUCGCAUACCCAUUCUUGAGGGAAAAUGCUGAGUUACCAGAAUUUUUGUACAAAAUGUAGGAAAAGGUUGCUUCAUUGUUUCUUAAUCUAGAAUGCUUUCGUGUUAGAACAUACCUAUAUGCCUUGUUUUGACCACUUGUAACGACGUCCUCAUCAAUCUAGGAUGUUCACAAAUGUUGUCAAUUUUUUUUUGUUUUAUUCUUUUUACAUGAAAUACUAAAUAUUUUUUUUGGUAAAAUCACAAAAAUAAAAAUUUGAGAGGGGUUGGUCGGAGUGUUGUUAGAAGUGACGGGAGGGUGGUGAUAGCUAGCAGUGGGGGUGGUUAGGACUUAAGAAGUAAUGGUGUUUGGUAAUCUGAGAUGAGUGAGAGAAUGUUUUAAAAUUUUUGAAAUUAAUUCCACUUCUAUGAAAACAAAAAUAAUAUACCAAAUAAGUUUUUAUUACUAAUUUUCUAUAAAAAAAAAUAUUAAAAAAAUAAAAAGUAAAAAAAGAAUGCUAGAUGGCCCUUUGAUUUAGCUCUUCUCUAAACUUUUAUUAAAAAUGGAAAAUUGAACAGACAGUUGCAUUGUUUGUGAAAAGUAAUUUUUUUUUUUUUCCCCCGUAAAAUAACACCCACCAUUGCAAAUAAACCGAAGUUCACAGAAAUGACGGUAAAUGUUGAGAUUGCACCACUACUCAUAUUUAAACCACAAAUUGCUUGAAUUUAUAAAUUACACGGUACAGGUUUACAAAACAGGCACUACCACUUAUAACUCUUCUAAACUAUACUUAAAAUUAAAAAAAAUAAAAAUU